GUGGCGAUUCGGCAGUGCCGAACGCGGGACAAGAUGUGCGUAAUCACGCACUGUCCAGCAGAUUUAACGGAUGUAAUCCAUCUAUAUCCUUUUUCGAUGUCAGUCCCAGAUGCUCCUGGUGCUAGUACUUUCUGGGAUGGCCUUAGACGAUUCUGGAAAAAGGAGCGUGUGGACGCAUGGCACCAGGCCAUCUUUGGCGAUUUAUCGGGUACCGAAAAGACCGAGAAUCUCAUAUGUCUAGAUCCAUGGGCUCAUCGUCUGCAUGCUAAAGGCUAUUUUGCCCUGGAGCCUGUCAGGACUGAUCCUGAGGGCAAGUGGAUGGUAUUGAGGAUAUGGUGGUUGAAGGUUAAUGCCUCCGGGGGAGCUGUUAGACUAAGCAAUAUUCCCGACCUGCCAGGAGAUGUGGAGCCGGCUGACUACGGCAUUGGUAUGAUGAAUUUUCGCACGCAGAAGCCGAUCCGCUCUGGGGACGAGAUAACUCUACAGACCCCAGAUCCGGUCAACCUUCCCCUCCCCGACAUCAGGAUUCUGGAGCUUCAAUGGAUGAUGAACAGGGUAGCCGCCAUGCGCGGUGGAGCUGAGCCGGAUGACUUGGAAGAAGAUUCACAUUCAUCCGAAGGC